GCUAGUUUCAUAAUUAUACAAAAACAUUAAUUUAACAAGAUAUGAGCUGUAAUCCUUUAUGUAAUCUGUUUUUAAAUAGCUCAAAAUAAGUAGGAGCAUCAUGCAGAUCGUAAGAGUUUUGGAGAUUAUGCGUCUUCAUGUUUCUAACAUGUCUAUGGUUCUCAUAACUACCUUCGUUAUCGUCAUUUUCUCGACCGUAAUGGCAAGACCUUCUAUCUCUACGAACAAAUCUCCAUCUCUAGAUUUAGAUCCUUCGUUUAGGGUGAAAUCCAAGAGCUUUUUACCAAAGUUGUAUGGCGAUUAUGGGUUUUGGAACCCAAGCCCGGUUUACGGAGGAGGUUUUCCUUAUCCCGGGCCAGUUCCUCAUGGCAGUCUAGGUCCAAUACAGAGACAUAAGAAGCCGAAAUGAAACCGGAAGAUAUGUUGGAUUGGAUGUUCUUCAACUUUGCUACUUACAGGUAAAACUUUUGACAUAUGGGUGUUGUAUAAAUAAGGUAGUGCUGAUUAAAGCUUGUGUAGGUACUUACUGCAUAUGAAUAAUGUCAUUGUUUAUGUUUUGUAGUAGAUACAAAUAGUUAUAUAUAUACACAUCUUGUUCCACUCUCUAGAUAAACCAUGUAUGUGUAGUAUAUAUAUAAUCUUUACAACAUUGGCAUGUAUUCAGUUAUGAGAAAAGAUUGAGUUCAUGAAA